UUAACACAAACAUGGCGGAAGUUGCCGAAAAGAGUGUUUAUCUUGUCUACAUGGUAAAAUGUCCUCAAUAAUACCACCAAUACUGUGAAUAAGAUUCAGCAUUAUUUUGGAAAGGAAAUACUAUAAGUUAUUUGAUUCACAACUGACCCCCUACAGAUCCAUAGACGGUAACUUAAGUAAAAUCCUGAGAAGUUGACGCCAAAAGCUGAAGAGAGCAUGCGCAGUGGUGUAGUGGUUGAAAUGCUUUAAGAUUUUAAGUAAAGAUGUCAAACAAUGACAGUUCCCAGCUGUCUUCCAGUGGUAAAAUACCAAUCCUAACUGCUUCCCCAUUAGCUGCUCGGAAGAAGAAACAGUUUAACAGAGGAGGAAAACGCCAUCAAUUCAGACACAGUGACUCUGACACAGAUUCUGAGAACAGUGAUGAUGACUUUUCCAUAACAAGUUCACAACCUAGUCAUCCUGGUCAUGGUGGUGGUGUCCCUGUGGUGAAGAAGGAACUACUAGAAACAAAGUCAACAGCUUCUAAGAGUAGGAAACGGAGGAAAGCUAGACAAGAUUGGGAAAUAGUGGAAGGCCUGAAAGAUGGACAAACUUGUGAUGAUAAACCUGGCAAUUAUCAAAGUUACAUGAUGAAAAAAAGAAGAUGGCCUCUGAAAGGAUGGCACAAGAGAUUUUUCUUCUUGGAGAAAGGAAAGUUGUUUUAUGCUAAAGCACCAGGAGAUAUACAAAAAGGAAAAUUCCAUGGAGUUAUUGACAUUGGUUUAUCUGUGAUAGCAUUCAAACGACACAGGCACAGAAUUGAUAUUGACGCUGAAGAUAUUGUCUAUCAUGUUAAAGUUAAAGAUAACCGAUCCUUUGAGGAAUGGAUACAGAGACUGAAGCAUCACCGUCUAUACAGACAACAUGUGAUAGCCUUCGGAACUAAAGAAUCACCCAAGCUUACUGACAUUACUUCACCAACAGAAGACAUUGGAUUUUCUACAGAUAAAGGAAGAGAACACAAAUUAAGUGCAGAUGUUAUACGGCAAUCAAGUUUUAAGAAAAUUGACGUCCAACAAAGUCGUGUAGCUACAUGGGUGAUGGACUCGGCUGGAUUUGAACACUGUGAUAAAGGUUUGAAUGAGACCCAGACCAUUCUAUGUGAAUUGAGAGACGAUUUAGAACAACUUAGAAAUAUACCAUUAACACCAGAUUCUGUAAUAGAGAUGCCAAAGUCACACAUUUGGAAUUCAUGCAAUAUUGAGAAGAAAAAAGAGAGAAUUUCAGGAACUACUAACGGAUUGAGACAUUCCCAAAAGGGGACAGGAUUAGGAAAUUGCUUCACUCUCCUUGAGGCUGAAAGUGAACCAAAUGAUUUGAAGAAGAAAAGUCGCGGCCUAGGACUAAGGAGUAAAAGAAAAGAGAAAAAAACGAGUGACACCUCGCUGACAGAUAAUGAUCUCAUGAGAACCAGUUCUUCCAAUCCAAACCUUGUACAUUUUGAGAUGAGCAGAACGAGACCCAGCAGCAUGUCUGAUGCACACUAUACCAGUGGGAAUGACUCAUUUCUCAGUAGUCAAGACACUUAUGUUAAUGAUAGCAAAUUAAGAGAAACAUUUGUAAUAAAGGCAGAGAAAGUACAUAAAAAUCUGAAAUCUUUACUGAACAUAAUUGGAACAGAAAGAGAUCGACUGAAGAAAGCAGUUGUAGAUAAUAACAAUUGGUCUGGAUCAUCAGCAAGCUUGAAUAAACAUUUAGUUGAGGCAUUGAGGCAGAAUGCAGACUUAAGAAAUAAAUUAUCAAAGAUUCAUGCUGAGUCAGCAGUUCACAGUGACACUAAACUUGUUCCACCAUCAUCACCUAUCUUAUCACCUGUGCCAAACCUAGACAAGGACCACGACCAUGUUUUAUCACAGUCUUUAUCAACAGAAAGUUGUUCUAUAUCAGAGUACUAUGAUGCUGAGGAGGGGCGAGAGACAGCCAGUGAAUCGUCUUCUGAGCAAUCAGACGAAGAUGAAAUCUCCAGUGAAGAGAAUGACACGGAUUAUACUGCUGUUCAUAGUGUAUCAGAAGACCAGCUAUCAGAUUCAUUUGAGACAGGGCGGAGAUCAAAGUUACCUGUUCCUAAACCAGACACUGGUGAUAUAAGUCUAUGGAAUCUCUUGUAUAAAAACAUAGGAAAAGAUCUGUCUAAAAUCUCUAUGCCAAUUACACUGAACGAACCACUCAGUAUGCUACAGAGAUUAUGUGAAGAACUUGAAUACAACGAGUUAAUAGAAAAAGCUGUUGGAUUAGAAGAUCCUUAUGAACGAAUGAUCCAUGUAGCUGCAUUUGCAGUCAGUAGUUAUGCAAGUACAGGGUACAGAGCUGGUCACAAACCUUUCAAUCCACUGCUGGGUGAGACGUAUGAAUGUGAUAGGCCAGAUAAAGGAUGGAGAUUUGUGGCAGAACAGGUUAGCCACCAUCCUCCAAUAUCUGCUUGUUACUGUGAUUCUAAAAACUUUAUAUUUUGGCAAGAAACUCGAAUAAAGACAAGAUUUUGGGGAAAAUCUAUGGAAAUACAACCUGUAGGCAUUGUCAAUCUAGUUCUUCCAAAGUGGAACGAGCAAUAUAGAUGGAACAAAGUUACCACAUGUGUUCAUAACUUACUGGGAGGUCAACGAUGGGUCGAUCAUUACGGAGAGGUUAAUAUCACCUGUGGAGAUAUCACCUGUAAACUAACAUUUAAAAAGGCUAGCAGCUGGUCCUCAAAACGACAUGAGAUCCAUGGUCAUAUAAACAGUCCUGAAGGGAAGGUGGUCCAUCAUCUAUCAGGGAAGUGGAACGAAGCUUUAUACUGUGGUACUCAUCAUGGUGGCAAUCAUCAUCAGGCCACCAGUAAAUUAGUAUGGAGACCCGGUGCCAUGCCAGAUGAUUAUGAGCUGUAUUAUGGCUUUACCAGAUUUGCAAUAGAAUUAAAUGAGUUGGACCCUGAUGAUGCUAAGACACUGCCACCUACAGACACAAGGUUCAGACACGAUCAAAGACUAUUAGAGGAAGGAAAGAUUCAUGAUGCUGAGAAUGAGAAGACAAGGUUAGAACAUCUGCAGAGAGAAAGAAGGAAGAAAAGAGAAACAGAAGGAUUAGAUUACAGUCCUAUGUGGUUUAAGAAAACAGGAAAAGAGAGUUAUGAAUACCUUGGGAAAUACUGGGAAUGUAAAAAGUCACCAGGAUUUAAUAAAAUGUCUUUUGUGAAGCUAUGGUGAACAGUAACAGGAAACCAGUAGAAAGGCUGACAUUAAAGGCCCAGUAGCUACAAAACUUAGAUCCCUAUAUUUAUACAGAUGUAUACCUUGAGAGACAAACAAGCGAAUGAGUUAAAGAGAAACAUUACAAAUUGAUAUCUUCCGAUGAUUGACAAGACAGAAUUAUUUCUUAUUGUCCAAAACUUGUGAUCUAAUGUGUCAAGACCUGCAUUUCACAAAAGGUGGUACGAAUAAGGAUCAUAUAAAUAUCCUUAAUUUAACCAUCAAUUGUACUAUCAUUUUGAAACACAGGCCUUGAGUACAAUGAUAUUGAGGCAUUUUUUUUCUUUUCCCACCAUAUUUAGUAAGUCAUUUUCAAAACCUUUUUAUUUUGGGGCCAAUAAUGGGCCUUUAAGCCCCUACUCCUUCACCUCAUGUAUCAUUGCAUUUGUGAACGUCUUUAUGCCCCUACUCCUUUCACCUCAUGUAUUAUUGAAUUUAAGGCCCCUACUCCUUUCACCUCAUGUAUUAUUGUAUUUAUGAAAGUGUUUGGUCUUUAUUUCUUCCCUGUAAAUGAAUGAAUAAUGGGUGAUUGAAUUCCGAUGGUAAAGUUAUAUUCUGCAAAUGGAUUUUAUAUGUAGAUUAAAGUUGAUUAGUGAAAAUUGCACAAAUUAAGAGUAGAAAAUACACAUCUAUCGUAAAUUUGUGAUUUAGAAAGAAAUUUUAAAAAAUUGUGAUGAAGUAGCUUGUUUUGUAAUCAAUUAAAUAGUUUGUCAACUCAUAAAAUGGGGAGAAAGAAUUUGACCAAACAUGCAUGGAGUUGUACACUUGCUAUUUUUAUUCCUUAUCCAAAUAAUUUUUCCAGGGUUCCCAUACCAAAUCAUAAACUUAGCUAGUUUUGGUUAUGUUAUUUGGAAACAGCAGGCGACAAAAGUCUUCCUUCGAAAACUCACACAACCUUAAAGUAGUUUUUUCUUAGAGUCUAUUCAGCUUUUGACUUUAAGUGCUAUAUUUAUUUCUGGAACUCAUAACCGAAUGUUUGUAGGCUCACCAUAGUGGUAUAUGUUGAAACGAUAGUAUAUAUGCCCAUAAAAAACUUGUGAUUAUUGAAUUUUAAAAUUAUAGUUUAGAAAAUGUUAUUUGCAUUAUAAUAAUCCUAAUGUGAUUCAUGAAUAUUCUCAUGUGUGAAGUAGUACAAUAUGUUGCUUUCAUUUCAUUGUUUAAGGUGGUACCUAUUACUCCAGGGAGAUAACUCUGUAUUAUCAGCUAAACGUUUUAAUUACGUAACCUUGUGAAGAAAUAUAAAGCUUCAAAAUGAUCAAAAUUAGUGUUUGUCAAACUGCUAUAUAACCAGUGUAAUUUUUCUGACAAAACGGUUGGUUCAAAAUUUUUGAUUUUUUUUUACUUUUGUCAAAGGAUUAAAGUAAAUACGUUGACAAAAUUUUAUGAAAAUUAAACAAGCCAAAUUAAUUUUAGAGAAAGUGUUGGGUACCACCUUAAAUAUAACUGUGGAUUCAUUUAUUCCUUUUGGAACCAGUUUUCUUGGAUUGAGAAACAAUUGUAUUUCAUAGAAAUUUGAUUACACAGUUUUGUUGAAGACUGCAUACAAGCCUAUAAAUGUGUGCAUUUUUUCAAUGAACAUUAAAAUUUGUGGAAAUUGACGAAAUAUGUUUUUCAACGAAUAGUAAUGAAUCCACAGUAUAACUUUUCUAUUAACCAUUUUUCUUUUUAUAUGUAUGUGUGCUCAUUAUCAAAUGUUGAUUUAUUGAAUUAAAUAUACACGAGUGUGUUUUCUUCCUCAACAAUAUAAAUAGAAUUUUAUGCAAUUAUAUGUUAACAUGUGCUAAUAUGUUUAUGCACCUGUGUGCGUUUGUGAUUUCAUAUAUGUAUAUAAUAUAUAGAUAUAUUUACCGUUUUGCUAGAUUUUUGUUUCUGUUGGGUAUGAUAUUUUUUUUAACUAUUGACUGGAAAUAUUUAUUUCAUAGUUGAAAUAAGCAGGUUACCAUGACUACUGUAGUAGUUCUUUACCCUAAAAAGUUGGCAAAUUUUUAUGUUUCUCAGUUGUGAAGAAUGAAAAUAAGGGAGACAAUUGCUGUAACAAACAAAUAUCAUGUAUGAAUUAGAAAGUUUGAGGGAAUAUUACUAAAUGAAUCCAUUCAUGAAUUCAUGUAAUAUUUUAAUGACAACUUUUAUACAUACAAUAAUUUGUAAACAGCAUUCUCUUCGUAAGGUUAAAUUCAAGUAGAACAAUUUUUUAUAAUUUU